AUGACGCAAAUUUUGUCAGUUUACUUCGCUGCAUCAGUUCUAGUUGCAUUGUGUCAUUGUGUGUCCACAAAAGUGGAUGUUUUUGAAGAUGAGAACUCUCCUACGUCCAGUAAAGAAGAGGAAGACGUUGAAGUUAAACACACCAUAGUUGUGUCAACGAAACUCAAAAACAACAGAGGAGGUUUACACACAUCAGGCGAUCAAGAAGCAUUGUUUCUAUCAAGAGGGAAUACACAUAAAGACACUGACAGCGGAGAGGUCCCGAUCGUGAAAGCUUAUAAAGCGGUAGAAACUACUGCGAUACGCACACCCGAUACGCGUCUCAAGAAUCAAACUCCAAGAACAUUUAUCAAAAAUUCUAGAGAUGAAGUCGAUUUCUUCCCGAACACAGCUUUCAGUCCUGUCUGGAAACCAUCGACAUUCUACAAUAAUGUAUACUAUUGGAACCAAGACGAUUUCUAUAAUAUCGCGAGAGGGAAUAGACCAGAUUAUCGUAGUAUAAACAGAAGACCUAAUGAUGACGGAGUCCGGGAAUUUUAUUGUCGUAAGUGCAGGGAACUCAGUAAUGGCAGAGGAUGUGUGCAAAAAACAAAUUCGUGGCUUCGUGAGAGCACGACUCAAAAGACAAAGGUAGAUGGUAAAUUAGCGAAAUUAAACUAAUAGUCUUCUCAUGACUUGUAGUAAAAACGAGAUGAUGCUAUCUGUAACCUUGAAGCGAAACACGGGCAUGCGAUCAUAGUCACUGCAUGAUGGUAAUCACUAUUAAAUAUUUUAUGUAUCUGUGGUAAAUAUCGUGGCUUCAUAAUACAUGUGUUGCCUAGUAUAUUGGAAUAUAAAGUUAUGAUGUAAAUAAUUACUUCAUCUCAUUAAGUUUUGCAGCAUAAAUAAUAAUUUAUUUUUUGGUAUAUACAGUCCUCUGCAUGAAUGAAUGAAUAUUCUGAACUUUUUAUAUAACAAUAAAGAAAACUUAUCA